UGCGCCGAGCUGCUGCUCGGAAACGCUUGGCCAGCAGCUGCGCUACCUACGGUCCCGACUCGGGCCACUUGAGGACUGUUUUCACCCUCCCGGGCUCUUCAGUUCCCCGGCUUUCGAGGGGUUUUUUGCUCGACGCGACAUCUUUAACGCGCUGUGUAUGUGGGCGAGUACGUGGAGACACGACGACGACGUCCUCGUUUCAAACUGGCUUCUAAACACUUUUACGCCGCACUCCCUUUCUUUCCACUCCGUCGAAAAAGAGGACCUUUCAUGCUGCAAAAGUUACGUUCUGCACUGGGAUUUCGUUUUGUAGAAGUUUGUUACGCCGGCAUUACUGGUCCAAAAUCGGCCCCGGGGCGUAUUUUUUGAGUUGACUCUACCGUUGAGGAAGAUCCUGCUGAUAAAUACAACAUGGACACGAAAACCACGACCGCUUUUACGCUUCUCAACAGAGGUUCAUAACGGGGAAAUAAUUUAAAUGUUAUUUGCUGAACGUCUACCCUACAAAGCCAACAUUAAAAUGUGAUAUUUGUAGCUGCGCAACCACUGCGUUUCGUUGCGCACCGUCGGUGGCUGUAAACAUCCGCUGCUUUCCCCAUCAGCUUCCCCGCUAAAUGACUUUUUAGCUUUAGUUUUUGUUGGAGCGAGAAUAAAAACAUCCAUUAUUUGGUCUCUAAGCGCAGUUUCACGGCGCCAGUCGUGGGGCGCGUGCGUGCCGCGUCCUUGCUCUUCCUCGCGAGCAGACACGCGGCGGCCGCGCGCGCCUGCCGUCGCACACGCAACUUUUGAAAAGUUAGCCUUCCUCGGGAUUCAUGGUGGAGGAUCUUUCGAUCGAAUAUUUCAUUCGGUGUAAAACUUAACACGCGGGCCGUUUUGACGAUGCGCACUAAUAGCCCCCUCUCGUGCGGAAGAGAGCUGGUAGUAACACUGUACAAACGCGAUUACGUAAUUAGUGUUUGCGCUAGAUGAUGUCGCACGAGACUCGUCGGCUGCGCGUUUGAACGCGAGCCGUUCGUCACCGACCAGUCUGGCGCUUCGGUCGCUAAAUGGUUGGUCGGUCGUGUGGGACAACCUGACGAGACGCGCGCGUCCGUUGAGUCGUGGAGCUCAGUUGCGGGGAAGUGUGCUAAGCUAGUCUGGGACCAGCAAGGCUCAGCAUGGAGGAAAUGGACCUGGAUUCAGCAAAGACGACUCGUCGGCCACGCAAGCAGCAUCCCAGGAAAGUGAUCUUGGUGACCUCAGAUGCCACACCCAGCUCACAGCAGAGCCCAACCAAAAACAAGUACUGCCAAACUGAGCAGCAACAACAUGGGCCUGAGCCAUCUGAGGUGUGGGCAGCCCCUAAACCUCCAGUGGACGUCAUGGAGCCUGGGGACCCUCCCCUACUCCAGAAGCAGCUGCAUACCUCCAAAUCUGGGAUUCAGCAGAUCAUUGAAUGCUUCCGCUCUGGCACUGCAGAGCUCAAGCGCAUCCUACUGAAGGAGGUUGACACCAUCUUUGAAUGCAGACAGUGUCGUAGCCUCUUCCGUGGCUUACCCAACUUAGUGACACACAAGGAGUUCUACUGUUUUACCAGGCCAAAUGAGACUGAUGAUACCUGUCCAGAGAAACAGUGCCAGGCUGUAAAUGAGCUUCUAAAGGCCAUAUACCCACAAACAGAUAUGACAGGUUAUACAGUCCAACUGGAACCUAUAGAAGGAAAUCAGAAUGCUGUUUUCCAGACUUUAACUACAGAGCACAACCAGAAUCAACAUGCAGAGCAGAACUCUUCAAAACAAGAGCCUGCAACUGGACCAGUCUCAGUGAUCUCGGGUUCUGUGGAACAGGUUGCAGAAGAAAAUUUGGAACAGUCAGGUGAUUCAGUGGCUGUGGCAGAACUUGGCCAAGAAACAUUUGUGAACCCCAAAGGCCAAGAGCCCAAACGCAAAAAGCCUAUCCAGGAGACACUUGCUGGGCCCAAAGGCAAAAGGCCUAUCCGGGAAACACUUGCUGGACCAAAAGGCAAAAAGCCUACUCAGGAGACACAUGUUGAUCCCACAAACCUAAAGCCUAGCCAGGAGGCAUGUGUUGAACCCACAGGUAAACAGCCCAACUUGGAAGCACGUGUUGAACCCACAGGUAAAAAGCCCAACCUGGAAGCACGUGUUGAACCCACAGGUAAAAGGCCCAACCUGGAAGCACGUGUUGAACCCACAGGUAAAAAGCCCAACCUGGAAGCACGUGUUGAACCCACAGGCCAAAAGCCUAGCUAUGAAACAUGUGUUGAACCCAAAAGCAAGUGUAAAACUAAACGGUCAAAACCAGCACCCUCCUCUGAUGAAGAAGAAGAAUGCAAUAAAGAGGGCACAACUAGCAAAGAAGAAAAAGUGAGAAUCUCCUGCUGCUUGUGUGGGAAGGAAUUUAGCACUCGACGUAGUGUGGGACACCACUGCCUCAAGGUUCACAAAAAGAACAUUGAGGAGUUGAGGAAAUGCACUGAAACGCACACUGUACCAGUCAGUCUGGUGUCCAUUGUUCAAAAUCAGUCAUGUGGUCCCUUGGAUACUGUGGGUUAUGACUGCUCCGUGUGCAACAAAUCAUUCACCACUGAGGUUGGUAUGCGGCGUCAUUUUGACAAGGAGCACCACAGUCUGCCUCAGGAUGCUGCAAAUAAACCUACGGAGAUGGUGUCUCUGAAGGGUCGACCCUCUCUCCCUGCUGUCCCGGAGGCAGAAAAAAGCCAGUCAGCAGGCAUGUGCUGCUUAUGCAGAAGAAGCUACAAGACGGACAUGGUUCUGGUAAAACAUAUGCAUGCCUACCACAAGAUCGCUCCGGCUAAGUGUUGGGACAUCACAUCUAAGCCUCACCAGUCAGACUUGCUGAUGUCCAUGUCCCCUUUUCUCUCUGGUCAACAAAAUGCUCUUCCCCAGGCAGAUAAAAGCCUGUCGGCACACACGUGCUUACUGUGCAAGAGAAACAUCAAGUCUAAGAUGAUUCUGAUAAGACACAUGCGUGUUUUCCACAAGAUCCACAUGAUUAAGGGUGGGGAUGUCGCCACAAAGCCUGGGAAGUUAAUCUUACGGAAGACCACGUCUGCUACAUCCAGUCAACAAGAUUCUUGUCCUCAGGCUGAAAACAGGAGGUGCUCCAUGUGCAAGAGGACCUUCAAAACAGAGUGGGUUUUGAGCAGACACAUGCGUGUCUUCCACAAGAUCAACGCCGUUAAAAAGAGAUCCUCGCUGUCUCAACGAGCCUCCAAUGCCAAAACUAAUUUGGGGGAGGUAGAGGACCCCACAGACGCAGCGAAAGAUGGCGCAAGAGAGGUGGCGAGGGAAAACAAGGUCAGGCAGCAGAACAGUAGCUCUAAGCUCCACAAGUCCAAGCUGGAGCUGGUGUUUGACCUUGAGCAGCACUACUGCAAGCUGUGCAAGCGUCAGUUCUCUUCGAGGGCAAACCUGAACAAACACAUUGGCCUGCACUUGGAUGGCAACAACCUUUUCAUCAAGUUCUUUCCCUGCCCCCAGUGUAGCUACGAGACGCGGCGCAAACGAGAUGUUCUGCGCCACUUGAGUGUGGUUCACAAGAAGCCUUCGCACUACCUGGAAAAGGUCACCGCCAGAUUAGACAGCCAGGUAAUAAAGAAGCCAGCCAGUGUGGUCCUCAAGUUGAGCAAGAAACGCGCAGCAAAGCAGGUUGCCGCUACCAGCGUAACGAGAUCUGGGGCCCUUGCCACUCGAAAGCGUGAAGUCAUCACAAGGUCCAGCUCCACCUUGGAAGCAACCAAGGUCAGAGUUACCAAGGAUUUGUCCCUCUACACGUGUGAUUUAUGUGGGCGGGCCUUUGCCAGAAAGAGUCACCUACAGUCCCAUAGGAGGAGCCACAGGGCCCCCUCCCUUCAGGAACAAUCGGGCCGGAGGACUCGAUCCAAGGCUGACCUUUGAUGUCCCUGGCAGACGCUCUUGACCUCUUAAUCACAUGAAGUGGACAAGAAGAGGGAGAACCACUGAAAAGGAAGAAAUGAGCUGAACUGGAAGAAAAGACCAGAAGGAAUGAGAGAAAAGAUACAGAGGAAGGACUUCGCAAAUUUGUGCUCUUAAUGUUCUUGGGAGGAGGGAGCGGGCUUGCUGAUGAAGUAGGGAAACGGUGCAUAUUCAGAAACCAACUGUUUUUGCACUGCCCCUCUGGAGCUCUCAACACAUUUUCUCCAAAACAUUGCGGACAAUAACCAGUGUGAUGGUCCUCCAGCAGCGAAUGUAUUGUAAAUGUUUUUAAACAAUUUCUUUAUAACCAUUUAUUUUGAAAUGUAAGUGGAAUUGUGUGUACAGGUGCACAUAUGGAUCGAUUUAGUUCCUGCGUCACUUCCGUGUUUUUGAAUUAAUAGGCUUUUGUUAAAGGGCAUGAAAAUAUAAGCAUUGGAAAUAGGCUUAAAUAUGCAGUGUUCUGGAUUUUUUUUAAACUCUUAACUUCAUAUCAUAAAUCAGAUGACAAAUUUCUAGCCAGAUGCCGAUCCUUGGAGACUGAUUUAAUUGUAAAGAACAUGUAAAGCAGACUGUAGCCAUUGUGGUGUUUCACCGAAGUACUGCAAAAUGUACUUUGUUAUGGUUGAAAAGGAAUGUAUUUUAUGCUUGAUGAAUACACCUUAUUCAUGAAUUAACUUUGAGUCUCCCAGCACUUUUUAUAUUUUCAAAGCUAGAAUUGCUUACAAUGCCUGAAAAGUUUUAUCUCAAGGAUUAUUAGAAACAGCUGCCUAUUCAACUAUUCCAAAGGGGAUUAGACAUUAGCCUUCACAUAACAUUCACAGGAACUGAACCA